CGGUCGGAAGCGCACGGGCCGCAGCCACCCUCCGGUGGCCGCGGUGGCGCUGGUGGCCGGGGCAGCGGCGGCGGCGGCGCUGGUCGCGGUGUUGGCGGCGGCGGCGGCGCCGGAGGACGCGGCGGCGACGGCGACUUGUUGGCGGAGGUACGGCAGCUGCGGCCGUGGCAACAGCGGCUAGUUGUGGCUGCGGUGUGCCGACAUGUGAAUGCAGUCAUGACGGCGGCGCUGGUGCCGCCAGUGCCCUUCGGCGCGACGGCGCCGCUGCCGCCGUUCCCGUCGGCGUACGUCAGGGCGUGCUCGACGGCAUCGCUUGUACGGCCGGCGGAGCUUCCCAAGACCGCGGCGGCGGCGGCGGCGGCGGGAGGGACGCGUCCUCCGUCGCCAACGCCGACGGGUGCUGCCAGCAGCGGCGGCGGCACCGGCGGCGGUGGUGAGGCUAGUGGGUCCCGGACCGCAGGCUCCGGGUUCGCAGCAGUUCGACAUGGCGAUGUAUGGUUGUUACGGUGCCUCGCGCUGCUGGAGGCCUGCCAGUGCUGGCAGUGCGGCCCGCAGCUGCUGCUGCACCUCACAGCGCUCCAUGUGGAGGCGUCCAGCCAGUGGGCCACCACGUACGGCGGCGGCGGCGGCGGUACGGCAGCUGCGACGGCGGCGGCGGCUGCCGCCAGUGCGCUGUCUGAGGGCGGACUGCUGUGGUACAGACUGCGGCUGCAGGCGGGAGUGGUGAUGGCGGCUCUGGAGUCAAUGGCGACAAGGCUGGUGGCGGGCGGGCUGCUGCUUCCCGCCCUCGACUGCCUCACCUCCUGGGCCCUUCGGUACGGCGUACCGCCGCCGGCGGGUCGGUUGCAUCUGGGGCGGGCCAUACAGUGCGCGGGUGUGCUGGCGGCGGCGGCGGUGGCAGCGGAAGCCGUGGAUGUACGGCAGUGGUGGGAACGGUUCCAACAGCUGGACUCGGCGCACGGACAGCACUGGCUGGUCGGUGAUCUCGCGCCCUACCUGCAAACCAGCGCUGCAGCCUCACCGGGGGCAUCUAACACCGCCGGCGGCAACAGCGGCGGCAGCGGCAGCUUGGGUACGGCAAUGGGCUCCUCCGCUGGAGUCGCCGCCUCCGCCACCCAGUAUCCCAUCGUCGUCGGCGGCGCGGUGCCAUGGGCGCCGGGGCUUCCUCAGCCUCGGUUUCCGUUGGUACGACUGUCAGAGAUCGCCGUACAGCAGUUGGCUCAGGCUCGAGGGACGCCCACUUCGGCCUCCGCCGUACGGUUCCGUGCCGUUGCAGAGGCAUGUGCGCCCCUGGCGGCGGCCCUGACGGCGCUGCUGACCUCCCGCGGUGGCGGCCCGGCUGCUUCCCGCGGCAGCCCGACGGCGGCGGCGGCGGCCGGCAGUCCCAGUGACGGCGGCGGCGGCGGCUCUGCUGCUGCUGACGUCACCACCGACCCCACUGAGCGGCUGCGCAUGGCAGCUCGGCAGGCCGGUCGUGCUGUUGGCGGACUGUGCAUGGCCGGGUCAGGCCAUAGCAGCAGCAACAGCAACCCUGGCGGUGGCGGCGGCGGCGGCGGUGAUGUUGAAGGCAUGCUGCUGCCGGUUGCAGGUGUCGUACUUGCGUGGAUCCGGUGUUGCUGCGCCUCCGCUGCGCCCGCCGGCGGCCGAGGGGUCGCUCGCGGCUCGCCACCAACGUCACAUGCAGGGUCUCCAGGAGACGGGAGCGCCGCCACCGCCGCUGCGGGUGCGGUUGGUACGGCACCGACGGCGGCUAGGCCUCGGGGCACUGCCUUGGCAUGGGGUGUGGUGGGGAGCGGGCUGAUGCUCGCUCUGGAGGCUGUACGACAAGAGCUAUGUACGGC